UAUCGAUUGACUGCUUUUGACAAGGACUGGACCCUAGAUGUUAAACGAAACAAGUAUGUUUGCUGACCAACCUAUGUCACAUUUUUUCACUGAAUCAGACUCUUGAAAUAAAUAAGUAAGAAGGAGACGAAUAGUUAUUGAUUUUGUUAUUCUAUUUUCAUGCUAUUAACAAGAUCUAUGGUAACAAGAUCGUUGAAAUUUACUUGCUUAUUCGUGUAUUUGUUCGCUAGUUGUUAUUUUCUUUUGUCCUUCAUUUCAUUUCUUAUGUCAUCGUUUGGCUCGCUCAUUUCAUCAUUUUACAUAAUAUUAUAUCUAUUUAUUUCUUUGUUUUCUCUUUUCAUUCACUUACAGUCCAUUAUGUUCUUCUGUGUGGAUCUGAUUCAUGAAUAUUAAUAUAUCAAUAUAUCUCAUUGUUUUUCUUCUCCUUUAGAGAACUAAUUCCUUCAUCAUUCGCUGUUCGUACGUUCGAAAAUGAUGGAUCAGAGGUCAUACAAGAGGUAGAUAUAAGUUAUAGAACAUAUUAGAAAACACAAGGUCGAUCAUACAGUCGUAAACGUUUGCUUCCAUGUGCAAAUCGCGUCAGAGGCUUUUUUGGACGAAAGCUUUUUCUACCAAUAAAAAUACAAAAUACAUUCCUCAUAAUAACACCAAGUAGUUGGGUUCUGCAUCUCUGUCUCUUUUGCUGGUUGAACAUCUGAAAAUAUCGAUGCUUACCAUCGCUCUGAUUCAGAAGGUAGCUAACAGCAAUUUAUGGUAUAAAUGCCAAUGCAAUCUCUCUCUCUGCCAGUUGAUUAAAUAUCGAUAACAUCAAACUCUAUCUACAAUAGCAAAUGUGUUAAACUUUUGGUGGUGAUCCGUCAAUUUAAAGGUGAGUAUUAAGCUUUCUAUAAAAGACAUUAGCAUGCUUGAAAAAAAUACGAAUUUCAGAUAAGAGGGUGGGGUGGGAGAGGAGUGAAGGCCAUCCAACAUUAUGUUCAUCGUAUGCAUUUCUCUCUCAGGAUGAUAACGAUCAUUGUCACUAUCAAGGCAUCAUACGUGGAAUGAAAGAUUCCCGCGUUGUUCUGAAUAGCUGUAAUGGGUUGAGGUGAGGUUUUAUUGCUGGUUUACUGUAUAACGCAUUUCAAGCAUGACAUCUUCACUAGAUAAGUUAGAUGCUAUGUACGUUUUACAAAUGUGAAGGCAAAAAGCUCGUAAUAGCAAACAGGAUACUAGUCCAUGGAGUUUAUACUUUAUAAGAAGCGUGGAGAAAAGGCAUGACUUCUUAUCUUGAUUUGUUUCAUUUACUGCAAGCAGCCUGAGAGUAAAGAAACAAGGAAUUGACAAUGUUAUGUUGUGUCGGUUGCUAAUGCAUACACCAGGGAGCUUUUCAGUCGCGUGUUUUAAAACCAUCGUCAAAGCAACUAAAACAGCUGAUAAAUGUCAACAUCACUUUAAGCCAACGAGAACGCAAAGUAGAAAUAAGUACACUGUUUGAGGCGUCGAAAAUCGUGAGUGAAUAACUCACUUUCAAUAACACAUCGUUGAAAGGAAAACCCAAUGAAAUGGUAAAUUGCUUCCGUAGUAAUUGAAAAUUUCUUGAUAUGGAAAUGAGAAAUAUCAAUGUUGUUUUUUCAGAGGCAUGAUAGGCGAUGGCCAUGAAACGUUUUAUAUUAUACCUGAGACUGGACACGAGGCAAGUUUAACUAAAAUACAAAUCGUAACAUUAGUAGAAUGUAGAUAAAGUGUACAAGAAUUUUCAUCACUUCACCUUCCUAUACACAACAUUAUGAAAAUUCUGAUUGUUUGUAUUGUUUUUGGCCAAUGCUGAUUGCUAUUUUCACGCUAGAUCUCUGUAGUAACUUAAGUUUUUAUUCAAGUGAAUCGUGUCGCUCAAAAUGUGCUUCCUUUUUACCUCGUUUUCUUUAAAAUCGUUAAUAUAUCAAAUUUCAGGGAAAUGGAAUUCACAGAGUCAGUAGAGCCGAAGAAGACGAGUCCCAAGAUAUCUUCCAUAAGUGUGGUAAAUCAUUUCAUUGCGAAAACAUAACAUUCAAUCGGUGCGCCUUUUUUUGCUUCAAAACUCCUUUAAAAAGGUUUCAUAUGUUGUUGUUUGCUAUUUGAAGAAGUUUACUGCCUCAGAAAAAUUCCCAAUAGAUGCUGUACUUAUUUGUGAUGUCAUGUUUAUAGCGGUUAGUACGUUUGAUACUCACCAUUUUUUUCUUUCUUCAGGAAACAACGACACUCAAGCAGACUACCAUUCCUUAAACGAAACUUUUGGGCCAAUUGCGAGGGUAGGUGGUCACUACUUAGACAACGAGAUAUAUAAAUAAAUAAACAAACAAAUUAUUAAAUGGCGAAAUAGGUAAAACGCAAGUUUGUAUGACAUCUUAGGUGAGAAAAUAAAGUAAGCUUCUAGUCAUGAAAUUGAGAAUAUACCAGGGUUGUCAAAAUCAAUGACAAGUGUUGAAGAGUUAAAUUUUCAGUUCGGGAUCAGAAAUGGAAGUUUGGUAGAUCGUUAUGAUCAAGGUAUUAUGAACUGCGAAAUGGCAAAAGACGUGAGGCGAUAUAGAAAAAAAAAAUACGAAAGAGAAAAAAAACACGUAGAUUAGCGUAUAAUUAAGUAAUACUUUCUCAAUCUUACACUUUCUGACCUCAAUGACCAACCCUACUUUGAUUAGCUAAAAAUAAGAAAAAAUACCGAAAAUUUUUUAUAGUAAAUAACUAUAAUUAUAUAUCUUUAGAACUGAAAUUGAUAAACUAAUAAACUUUUCUUUAAGUAAAGCAAAAAGUAAAAACAAAUUUUCAUCACUACUCUAAACAACCGCGUUUGAUUAUCUUGGUUUAGAUCCAGGAGAGACGUAAGAUAUCAGGUCAUAUUGAUGAGUUCUACAAGAAAUAUCUGACGACUGAUGAGACGCGAUACACCGAAAUUUUCAUUUGUGUUGACAAUGAAAUGGUAAGUACUGUUUAUCACAACAGAUCAAUGCUUUGCUUCUUAGGCUGAUUAUCAGAUCAACUGCUCUUACUCUCACCUUUACCUUCAAUUUUACCGAGAUUUAGUCAUGAAGCCAAAAUCCCUCACUCACCCAAUCAAUACAGUCUAAUCUUAGACAAUUAAAUUUGUAGAUUAAAACUUGGAUCAACCGCAUAAUCCCUGCUUACCCUACUGGGUUUCUGUCUCUCCUUAAAGGCGCGUUAUUUUCUUCUGUUCCUAAAUCUGGGAAAUAAGGCAAAGGAGGAAAUUUUGUUCUUCAGUUACACCUCAAAAUCUUUCGAUGACCAGGUUGACGUUAUUUUGUUUGUUUGUUUGUUUUUUUUUUCAAGGGUUAUUAGAGUUCGCGAACUCAAAAAUGUUCUGAUAAUUGACCUAAAACUUGAAUUUCCCCACAAUGAUCAUGUUAUCUGCUUUCAACAGUACCAGAAAUAUAACAGGGAUAAAAAUGUCAUCAAAGAUCGAGUCAUAACAUUAGUGAACACUGUUGAUGCGGUAAGUUAUCUUUGGAGCUUUACUCUAGCUUUUCUUCUUUUAAACCAUUUCUUUAAUCAUCUUUUAUCAGAAGGAAAAGAAAAAAGUGCUUAACUUAGUCGGUUAAAAUCAACGAAAAAUAAGUAAGUCAUUGGGCAGUUUUGUUUAGAGGUGCUUGACCUUUACAGAAAAUACUUAUUUCGAAGGAAAACAUCCGAUUUUGGCUGGAAAUGUCUACGAAGACACGAACAUGAUGUACACAAAGUAUACCGUUGGCAUUGAAUACAAAGUUUCAAUUUCUUUCAAGGUGUUGAAAACGAAGCGGAACUUAGAACAAAUCACAAGGCUUUCAGUGAUGUGAAUUAAGACAGCUGUUUGAUUUCUCUUUCCCAAGAUCGCUUUAGUAAUUCUCCUUACUGUGUGAUAUGCAAUUCUUAUGAUGUUAGUUCGGAGACUUUGGUAAUGAAUCAACGUAUAAUGCUAUGAUUGAUAUUUCUCUUUAUUCUCAUCACUUGUCUGCUUGAUGUUUGAUUGAUAUUGUAUUGAUGGUGUAAGGAGAAGUUUUGCCUUGGUCACUCUUAAAAGACAUGGUGCAUCAGAAAGUAAUGGUGACUUUGAAUGCCCUGUGUCAGAAUUUCAAAAUUUUCCAGGAUGGGAUCAUGAUUUUUAACUCAUUCAAGCAGUUGAGAUGGACUGUGCAAUUUGUGCAGUGUAACUUCAUUUAAAGUAGUUUGACCAUUUCAACUUCUUCAACCAUUUAAGAUAGAUUGUAAAAUUUGUGAAGUUAAACUGUCCUCGCUUGCGGGUGAUCAAGGUCCAGGAUGAAGUCGCACCAUAGUCGUAUUUAUAUUUCGUGCUAGUUUUCUUAUCCGUUAUAUCUCGGGGGGUGGGGGGGGGGUACCUCCUGAACCCCUCCCCCAGAUCCACCCUGUCUUUGUACAGAUUAACCCUUUCAAUCCCAGAGAUGACCAAAAAAGAAACUGUGCCUACAUUAUAAAUGCAUUUUUCAAGCAAGAAAGAAUAAUUUCCACUAUUGUUUGAUCUGACCUGAUUUUGUUGUCGAUAUGUACACAGUCAUUACGCAAUUCUUCUUAUUGCUUAGAUUUCCCUAAUGGUGCUGAACAUAUCAAAAGUUAAUAAAGGAUGAAUUAAUUAUUUACCAACUAAAUAUAUUUUGAUUUUUUGUCUCUUGUAAAGAUCUAUCAGCGAAUCAACAUCAGGAUAGUUCUGAAGUACUUGGAAAUCUGGACAAACAGAGAUCCUUUCGGGCGUGUGCGAAAUGCAGGGAGUGAAUUACGCAAUUUCAGGGCCUAUCGAAAUAAACAUUUGGUGAAAAGGUUCCCUCAUGACAACGCUCUUUUACUAAGGUAAAAUUUUCAUCCUAACGAAAGUUUUUUUUCACAUUUCCCAACUCAAAACGUCUUCCGAUUAGAGGAGAAACCUUUUAAAAGAGUAAAAUCCUUUGAAAACCACCAGGAAUCUCAAAAGAUCGAUUUGGGGUGGUUUGAGUUACAACACAUGAUCUAGAACAUAGUGUCCUUCACCUCAAAAAAAUAUUCUUCUCAGUUAACCCUCUAUCAUCCAAUGUCGCUUGAUUGCCAAGAAGAACGAAAACUUCCGUGUCUUGCAGCUGUGUGGUAGAUCAUUAAUUUGUUUUGAAACUUAUCGGAGAUCAAUGUAAUACUACGCAUAUACUAUACUACCCUACGGGGCUCAGAAAAAAAGCCGAGCAACGCGCAAAAUGUCCAUGGGUAUUGAACAAGAAAUAUUUAUCACGGAAAAUGGUAAACAGUAGACAGCAAAAGUUCGCUUUUUGGCCGGUCUCGUGAACUUUGCUUUAUACCUCAGUCGUCGAGGAAAAUAAGUUUUCCAGGUUUAUCUCGCUUAUUUUUUUUUAUUUUUUUUUUCAGUCACAAAGGUUGGCCCCCGAAUAUUGCUGGUCUAGCAUGGGUCAAUUCGAUGUGUGGCGGAAAUUCAAACUCUAUCAACGCCGUAAGUUAUGCGAAGAAAUAUGAAUUGCAUUGUUUUUGCCUCACUAUGUCCUGAGAUCCUUUAGAAUACUUUCGCCAAUCUCAACGCCAAUCUCGAUCAAACAGGGGCAAAAGAAGUACUAGUCAUGAUUUGAUCCCUGCCGUUUUCCCGCGCUUCAGACAAAUUGCUUUUUUGACUUUGCUUUCCCAUUGGUCCCCUGUGAUCUUUCCCUUUUUCUGAUUGGCUGUCGUAAUUACGAUAUGUUUGGAUUUACAGCACUCAAACGAAAUACCACCUAAAGUGGCGUGGGCUCUGGCUUUUUCUAAGCUAAAAUUACGCUGGUAGGGGCAUGCUCAAACGUAGUAUAAAGAGAUUUCUUACCUAUCCUAGAAUUUAAAGGUCGACAUAUGGUUAAUGAUAAAUAUCUUUUUCGUAGUGGUCUUAUAGCAGUAGUGUUGGUCCUUAUGUAACUGUUGCUCAUGAGUUGGGUCACAACUUUGCGUUCAAUCACGAUACUGGUAAGAAUUGUGAAACUUUUGAAAUCAAAUUCAUUUUUUCUCGAUUAUCUUGACAAAAGAGAGCUUUUUCUAAUCGCAAAUAGUUGUAGAAUGAUCUUAGCUUAGAGUUGCGUAUGAAAAUAGUUAUGACAACAUGAAAAUGCACACGAUACCUACAGGGUCUAGUGUCAGAUGAGGAGGCAGAAAUAUAACUUUUAGAUUUUAACCUAAAUUUGUUUGUGUUUUACACAAAUCUAAUCAAACCCUUUUAAAAGUAUUUAUACAGAUUCUCGCAAUAUCCAGAAAGAAAUUUUGACUCGAUUUUUUCGAUUUUUUUAAAACUAUUUUACAGUUCUUAGCUACUAAUUUUGUUAAAUUGUUCAUCUUACCAGUUAUUAUUGUUAUUUUUUUCUAAUUUACACAACCUUUCGUCUAAAUGCAGGGACCUGCAAGUGUUUAACUUCACGAGGCUGUUUCAUGGGAGGUACCAGGUAGGUCAUUCUCUGAAAUAUCUGGCAAUGAGAUACACUUAAAUUACUCUGUGUGACCGAUUGGUUAGGGUGCUGGACUUGAAAUAUGGUGGUCCUAGGUUCAAGUCCUCUACCCACCAUUUGCUGGAUUUGUUCUCGGUCGCCACGAGUUCAACUCCUCAGCUGCGCUGUGUAAAUAACCAACUGGUCUGCCCCCUGCCAGUUGGGAUUUUCAAGCACUUUAUGUCUACUCCAGUCAUUAUAAAGUAAUAUUGGAUGGCGAUAGAAAUAGCGCUCCAUAUAAAGAGUGUGUUAUUAUUAUAACUCAGUUUUACCUUAAUAAUACCGUCAAUUUUUAUUGCGAUUUGUUGUAUUGUCAUAGUAUUCACUGAUAAUGAAAGUAAACCACUCUUUCUUUCUUCCACGGAGUGCUAAUGUUGAGUUAUUCGACAAAACAUCAUAAAGAAACUCAGUCAGUAAAAUACUAUUGAAUACAAAUAAAAUCUUACAAAAAAAAUUGGACGAAAGCAGAGGAGCAAUUUAGGUGCAAGACGAAAUCCAUCGUAGUUGUAUGUUUUUCUUGAGUAGGUGAUGUGUACAUAUCUGCUACAUUUACAAUCAUUUAUUGAAAUUUCCCCAAUAUUGAUUUCAGGUCUCGACUUCCAGGAUUUUCGGAUUGCAGCCUUAAAUCGCUUCAAAAGGUCAAUGACGCAUGCUUGUACAACGUACCAACUUACAAGGUAACCAUAAGAAACCAGAGAAAGGGGAGGGGGGAUAUUUUGGAUGAUAAUUUAUACUAAGAUUAUCGGCCUUUUAAGGAGUUCCUUCAUUCCUUCAUUAAAAGGGUAACCUUGAAGAACUCUUUAAAACGGCUCUGCAACCUAACAAAGUAAACCAGGUAACUUCCUGGAAUAGUGAUGCAAACUUUAUUCAGGAACAGCUCUAAAAAUUUCGACAAAAUAAAGGUAUCCCCUAUGUAACGGAGUCCUUUCAUACAACGAACUCAUUUUCCAAUCAAAAUUUGGUUAGCCUUAGGAUGAUACUUAAGGGCUUAAAUGUAGAAAAUUUUGAUGCAAUUGUCACAAACAUGGGUAUGGCAAAUAGUAUGUCAGAAAAUAUGUUAUUUGAAAUUCUCAUUUUUGAUCAUUGAUUCGGUUUCGAUUUUGGUUAAAAAUAUGCACUUCAGUAGCUAGAAGAACAUCUUGAGGCUGUUGGUUCGUUUGAUUUUCCUUUAGGCCUACAACAGUUAUUGUGGAAAUGGCAUACGCGAGAAAGGAGAGGAGUGCGACUGCGGUACCCCUGAGGUUUGUAAAGUUGCAUGAAUGGCAAAUAAUAUAGUCCACCAUAAAGGGAUUUCUCAUUAAUAUUUUAAUAGAUUUUCAAGUGGAAAGGUGAUGAGGAGACAAAAACAUCAACCAGGGGAAAUUGUUUGAUUUAGUAUCAAAUUCUCUGGGAUAAUAUCAUGAAAAUGUAUGUCUGUCACUACAGAGAAUUGCUUUUUGGAUCGUGUGAAUGAAAGGGUUAAAAUGAGAGUUGCAUCAAUUUUUAGCGAGCCGGUACUUUCGUUGUUGGGAAAUAACCACUCUCAGAGAGAAAAAAAAACUAACUCGCGUAAAACUCCGUGGUUCACAAUCGAGCAACACUUAAAACAAGAGGUUGGUUAGGAGAGUUUUUUCUAAAUGUUGAUAGAUAAUGGUUUCAUAUUAAGACGCUAUAUCUCAUCACCUUAGCAACCGAUACCCCAGUUGUAUACUUCACAACGAAAUUUCAUAAAAGUGAUGAAUUCUUUAGUAAAAAUGGUAAUGAUCUGAGAAAUAUUCCUUUUUAGAGAGUUCGGGUUUAAAAAUUUUGUUCUGAAAGCAUUUGCGAUAAAUUGCUUUGUGUUUAUUCAAAUUGCUUUAGCAUGGGAUUUAUUGUGAUUUCUUUGCAAAGGCUAAUGUCAUCGUAAGGACAUGUUGACCUUGUAACUCCCAUGGGCGACCAAGAAGAAUUUAUCCUUACAAUAUCAAGCAGACAAGUGAUGAGAAUAAGGAAAAAUAUUAUCUAGGGGAUUUUUAGUUAAUCAAAUACCAAAUUCUAACACCACAAGAAGUAUAUGGCAGACAGUAAGGAGAAUUACAAAUGAGAUCUUGGGAGUUAAAGGGUUAAAUUGUCUAACACUUACAAUAGCUAACUACUUUCACGACGUGACAACGUUCAUUCUUCGGACACGAUCAGGAAUGAUGAAAACGGUUUUUAAUCUCCUCAGAUGUGCCAGGCCAAAGAUCCUUGCUGUGUACCUCACAACUGUGUCCUUAAAAAGGAAUCACAGUGCAGUGACUUACAUCACUCAUGCUGCAAGAACUGCCAGGUAACAAAAUAAUCAAUAAUCCCUUCAACAUUACGGGCUCAUGAAACUGAGAAGCGUUGAGCGUUGGAUGAUAUUUAAAGAGGGAUUAUAGACAUUGAACUGACAACAGCUGCUGUGGGAAAGUGCCCUUUUAAGUAGAAUAUUGGUCUGGAUUUUAUAUUCUUUUUUUUUCCUGGUAUUCCCUCAAUUGCAGCUCACGUGCAAGGGCUUUUCUUUACUUGAUUAUCAUCCACAAGUCAAAACAUUAUCUACUUUUUUCGAUUAUGAAUGAAAAUACGAUAACACAGGCGCACCUGCACGGUUAGACAGCAAACGUACUUUAUAUUUUUAGGGUAUACUUGCGGAAGGAAAUAAAAAACUACACCAUAGGAAGAAAUAACGUUAUUUAAGUUGCCUAAAAGAUCAAUUUUCUCGCUAUAAAUGCGUGGUGUAGGAUCCAAAAUAGUUAUAACAGAUAAAUCAAAGUGUUUCAUCCUUGAAACUUAUGGUUCUUUGUGCUUAACGCGAUCUAACGGCGUAUUCUGACUCUCGUUUAGUUUAAGAAACGAGGAACGUUAUGUCGUGGAGUCCAAACUGAUUGUGACGUUCCAGAAUAUUGUACUGGUUCCUCAAGAGACGUAAGCAAAUAGAGAAUUUGACUCAGAAAUUAUUGUGUCAUAAAAAUCACCGAGUAGUAGCUAUCAAGUGUGAGGUUGUAAAAAAAUACGUUAUUGCACUUUGUUAUGUAAAAAAAAUAAAACGAACACACGGCGCCAGAAAUGGUCAGAAUGUUAGCUGCUAAAUUUAUGUGCAUAACUUUAUCAAUUCACCUGCCGAGAUUACCACCAGCCGUGUGUGUGAAUUUUUAAAUCACAAUACUUGUACACUAGCGUAGGGGUCAGUGUCUUAGUGUAUCACUCAUGUCUAACAUAGCUUGGGUUUUAAUAUCGAAUUGUUACUUUAGAUUACUUCAAGAGCAAACCCCAAUGUUGCUUAAUUACCAAGUUUAUGAAGCUUCACAGUUGAUCACUCUUACUCUUUCAGUGUCCUGAGGAUACUUACAUCAUUAAUGGAUAUCCAUGCAGCCAGGCGAAAACCGUACGUUUCUCAUGAUCAGAGAGAGAGAGCAUGUUACAUAGUUCAAAAAGUUUUUCACUUUUACAGAAGUGCCACUAAGUUCUGCCUCUAAAUAUUAUUAAUUUACCACUAAUGCGCAUAUCUAGGUGACCAGCACUCAUUUCAAACGAAGAAUACUACCUACUGCUCGUCAUAUACCUUUCAUUUUGUGUUAAUCUCGUCGAUCUUCGAUGUGAUUCGUUUCCUCUGCAAUUUUUCUUUUCGUUCGCUUAUUUCCACGAUAAUGGCUUGGAAAAAAACCAAGUAAUUAAUAGCAUGAAAAAACAGAUUUACAUUAACUUCUCUUUGUUUUUUUCCUUUUAAAUCUGUGUACAUCUAACUUGCUUGACUAUAAGCCGGUGAGCACCGCUGAGUCUGUGUACUCCUGUCUGCAAUUUGGGUUGUGAAGAUAAAUUUUGCCACCUACGAGUUACAUUCUAAUUUCUUUGAGGAAAGUCCUUGUGUCAAUCAUUGAUUUUUUUCUGAAAUUAUUUGAAGGUUAUACAUGGAAACACUAACUUCUAUGGUGUGGUCGCAAGGGACUUGAACCCUAUGGUCAACGCUCGAUAUCUUCGUAUCAAUCCUCAAUACUGGCAUGGCUGGCCUUGUCUAAGGACCGACUUCAUGGGAUGUUCUGCGGAUGAAGGUAAUGGUAUGCUACAAUUCUACUCAACACUGUUGUACAUAUACCAGACACUUGUGGUCAUUGUGCCAUUACGCGUUCUGUAAACCAUGAAGAUCAACAGUGCAAUGUCUUGUGAGUUGAAGUAGGAAGACUGAAGAUGGGGCAAACAUGGGUCCCGAAGUCAAAUAACCAUUCUGUUUUAACAUGUUUCUUUAUGUUCGUUUUGACAGUAAGGCCAACUGCCCCUUCACCGAUAAAGUCAUACAACUUUGACUUUUGUCUGACUCCAUCAAGCAAGAGUUGUUCCCCACGUGACAACGACCCCAUCAUAUUUGUAACCGGUAGCAGGUGCUCAGAGAGACAUUUUCAAUUCACGCGUGGCAAAGACGGAUUGUUACGCCACGCUUGCAGUGGGAAAUUGGUCUGUCCCGAAAAUGGCGGGACGCAUAAUGGUGCGAAGAUUGUUGUCAGCAGGACUUGUAAAGUUGCAGACUCGAAAUUUCUACGAGUCGUAGGUAAGUCCAAAGAAAUUUAUAUUACCUCUUAAUUGUCCAGCUCUCGAACUGAUAAUGCAUUCAACAAUCAAAGAGGUACAUAUAUUCACCUUAUUAAUAAAUUGGAAAAGAUAUAUUUGGAUCGUAGGGUAACGUGGUUUCCAUCAAUGUUCGUGUUUCUUGGGGUCACAGUUCUGUUGGUUUCGUACUCUGGAAGGGGGAGGCUGGAGGAAUCCUUACGAAAAUUGUAUUGGGUGUUUGCCAGAGUGGAAUUAAAAUUGUGAUUCUCAUUGAGCCAAAACCCAUUAAUUUCGCUUCCCAGUUUAAGACAAAAAGUUUUAAGACAUUUUUAGAAACAGUUGCCUCGUGUACGGCUACAGAACUCAGGUUUCCAACAUUUCAUAAAAUCCCUAGAAAUAGUCACUUUCCACGAAAAUUUUCACCGCUUAUCAACCUGAAGGUAUUUCAAUUAAACUUCAUUUGGUUUUUUUCUUUUUCUGAUGGCUAGUUCUUUUGUUUUUUUGUUUACUUAAUAGGGCGAUCUUUAAAGCACGCCAAAUCUGGCAGAUGUAUCCAUACCUCUGGAGCCUGGCCAGGAAACGGGAGACAGAUGGUACUGUGGUCUGGAUGCGAAGAGCAAAGGCUACAACUGUUUUUCGGGAAACAAGGUACACUUUUUUGCCACUUAUCACACCUUUUAGGUAUAAGUUCGAGAAAAGCGGUGGCCUCGUGUUUAAUACAACGGUAUAUAGAAAAGGUCCUCUUUCAAGCCCUGGGUGGGCCCUCUUUUGCUGUGUGGGAGAGAUACUGGUCCUUCUUGGCGCCUUACACCCUAUCCAUAGCAUCCAAUUUUUUUCAAGAACUUAAAUUCGAGUUAAGAAAAUUGGUAUAUACUUUCCUUUCAAUAUAGCACAUAGUUAUAAAUCAUAUACUUAUAGAUUGUGUAGAGCCUCUUGGAAUGCAGAACGGUGAAAUCAAAGACCGCCAGAUUACUGCUUCCUCAGUGAGAGCUGAGGAAUUCGCCAAGUAUGCAAGGCUGAAAGGAAAAAAAUACUGGUGUGCCAAAGCCAAAAGCAAAACCGAAUAUCUACAAGUUGAUCUGGGAAAGGUACGUUUUGAUAGUAGAUAAGAAUAGUCGGAUAGUUUGUGAACAAUACAAAAACAGAAUAUAAGGAAAGAUAGUAAGAAGCUUACUCAGCACAAGCGCCUUAGUAAAUUAAGUAAGGAAACUCAUGAUUUAGUUCUUGUUUAAACGUUUUGAGGAUAUAUAUAUAUAAUUUAGUUCAUUUUAGACUUUGUAUCGUUUCGUUCUUGCAACAAGUCUAAGAAAUGUUGAUAUACGAAUACUUCUUUUCCCUUUUCGAAGAAAAGAAACUUUUAAGAAUUCGUUUUUCAUCCCAGUUUGUCGCUCAAGGAAUGAACUACCUCUUAACAUUAACUAGAGAGUCUGAGAUAGACUUGUGCAUUGCAAUGUAAUUUGCAAUUUGUACUAAAGAUUGAAGAACUCCCCAUUACCCGAUUUAUACUAAGAGGUCAUUCAUUAUUCAAAAGCAGCCAAGUGUAAUCGAUUGUCAAAACUCAAAGGUGAAAGCUUUACAUACAGUGUUACCUGUCUUCUAUCCAGUAAAUCUUCCGAAAAAAAAAUGUAGUUUUGCUUCAGUUGUAACGGGUUAUAAAUUGAAUUCAUUAUAUGUGACCCACGAUCAUUUCCGAGUCAUGUCCUACGACGCCACCUCUCGCCCACAGAGCUACCUUAACAUAACUGAUCAUCCUUAAACAUUUUUAACUUAGUUGUUUCAUUAAUGUAUGGUCUUUUCUAUAUUGCCUUUUCGUCUUUUUACAAUUAUAGGUUAAAACCGUCAGUAAAAUCUUGAUGCAAGGACGUGGAAACUGGUACGACUGGGUGACCGGCUUCUUCUUACACUACAGUUCUGAUGGCCGGCGGUGGAAAACGUAUGCUCAGAGUGGUGACGAAAAAAAAUCCGAUGUAAGCUGAGGAUGUUGUAAUCACUCACAAUCAGUUGUCUUUCUAUUUCUAAAAACCGCUCUCAUUUUCUUUCCUAUCUCAGUCCUUCUGUUACCUUGGAAAGUGCAGCGAAACUCUUGACACUCAGUGUAAGGACUUAUGGGGAGCUAGUAAGUAAAUGUGCCCAUUUUUUUUUCUUCUUUUAUGUUAUCUAGCGUUUUGAUACCAACACUAGUUUCCUUUACUUCAAUUUAUCAUAUAUUAUUUAAGUAUUUGUCUGUUAUCUACAAUCCUUUUAAGUUGCCAAUUCAAUUUUUCUUUCCUAAAUAAAGGUGUCUUUCUUCGAGGUACAUGAAUUAUUUCAAACAUGACGUUUUUUAGUUAAAUACUAAAAUAGACGACACUACAUAUACACCCGACAGGAGCUAGACCAAAAACCCUCCAAUAAGAAAAUUUGGAUUCUAAAAACCUCUAGGUUCAAUUAUUAUUAAUUGACGUCUUUCUGCGCUCCAACGGGGGGCUAACUCUCGAAACGUCAGCUUUAGAAACUCUCUACCGGUAGCCAAUUUACAGUAUCAACUCAAAGGAGUUAACUUGAUAACAUAUAGACAGUUUAAACAUUUUAAUAGCGCAAAUUUUUACGCGGACAUUCUAGCUCAACCUUGGGAUGAAAUAAAGCAAUUAUAUGAUCCUAAUGAUAUGUGGAGGAGGUGGAAAGAAUUAUUCCUGAAUGUAUGUGAAAAGCACGCACCGACGAAGACCAAACGGACACGAGAUUCUAAAUCCCCAUGGAUAACCGCUAUUCUGAAAAAGCGGAUGAAUUUCCGAGACUGCCUCAAAAGAAAGGCUAUUAAGACAAAGGAUCCAGUUAUUUGGGACCAAUUUCGAAUAGUUAAAAAUCAAGUUAAAGGGGAAAUUAAUAGUGCGAAAAAAGCUUAUUAUGAAAAUGCCUUCAACAAUUGUUGUGGAGAUCAAAGGAAAACAUGGAAAACAAUCAAUGAACUGACCUCACGAAAGUCCACUAAAACUGUUAUUAAUGAGAUGGAAUAUAAUGGGGUAAAUUCUGGAGAUCUAACGGAUAUAGCAGAAAUGCUAAACUCCUUUUUCACAGAAAUUGGGCCGGGCCUUAGUAGAGACGUGUCAGAAGUUGAUAAAUCCUUCGAAGAAUUUCUUAUUGAAACUGACAAAACUUUUGUUUUUGAAAAAACAACACCAACACAUGUCUUUGCACUACUAUCAAAGCUUUGCAAGUCAAAGGCAACUGGAUUAGAUAAUAUCUCAGCAAAACUUCUAAGGGAAUGUCCUGAUGUUCUAGCGGAAUCUCUUACUCAUCUAUUCAAUCAAUCCAUAAUGACUGACAUCUUUCCCGAUGAGUGGAAAUCUGCCAGAGUCACUCCAUUGUAUAAAAAUACUGGGAAGCGCUCUGAUCCGACUAAUUAUCGACCAAUAUCAAUAAUUCCAGUUGUGGUCAAAGUCUUUGAACGGAUAAUUUACGAUCAGCUUUAUCGUUAUUUAACUAACAACAACUUUCUCUCAUGCCAUCAAUCUGGUUUCCGGUCUUUGCAUUCCACGCUCACAGCACUUAUCGAAGCUACAGAUAGUUGGGCAAUGGAUAUAGACCGUGGUCUUGUUAAUGCCGUAGUGUUUUUAGACCUCAAAAAGGCAUUUUAUAUAGUAGAUCACGAUAUUUUGCUACGAAAUUGCAAUACUAUGGGAUUUGUUGGACCAGUCAUCAAUGGUUUGCUUCUUAUUUAGAUAAUCGAACACAGAUUUGCCAUGUAAAUUCUUGUAAGUCAACUCCGAAAUAUCUAAGAUGUGGUGUUCCCCAGGGAACAAUUUUGGGACCCCUUCUGUUUUUAAUAUAUAUUAAUGACUUACCACAUUGUCUGACAUAUUCGGAACCCAGAAUGUACGCAGAUGAUACCAGCCUGACGCUUGCCAGUACUGACUUUGAUCAUAUAAAUUAUUGCCUUAAUUACGACUUGAGUAAUGUGUACGAAUGGCUGAGUGCUAACAAGCUUACCCUAAAUAUGACAAAAACGGAGUUUAUGCUUAUUGCAUCAAGGCAGAAGUUAUCACAAUUUACGGAAAGUCCUUCUCUUACUAUAAACGAAAUCGCAAUAGAACAAGUAACCUCCGCUAAGUCCCUUGGAGUUUAUGUCGAUCAAAAUAUCAACUGGGAGUGUCAUAUUGAAAACAUCUCUAAGAAGAUAGCUUGUGCCAUUGGUGCAAUUAAACGAAUUCGGCACCUCACUCCAUUUAAUGUUCUAAUUAAAGUUUAUAAUAGCCUUGUUCAACCACAUUUUGAUUAUUGUAAUGUAGUGUGGGGAAACUGUAACAAGGGCCUUUCUGAAAAACUGCAAAGGCUUCAAAAUCGGGCAGCUCGCAUCCUAAUGUCUGCGAGCUAUGAUAGUAAUUUAGAUGAUUUGUUCCGGGCACUAGGGUGGCGAAGACUCUACUAUCAAAGAUUGGAACAAAAAUCUAUCUUAAUGUAUAAAACUUUACAUGGUAUGACACCAGAUUAUCUAAGAUCAAGAUUUGUAUAUCGUGACAAUAUAAGUGCUUAUCGUUUAAGGAACACGGAAAACAAAUUAGUUCUUCCACAACCUCGAACUGAUUAUCUUAAGAGAAGUUUUUUGUACAGCGGAGCUCACUUGUGGAACGACUUCCCGUUAGACCUAAGACAAGCGUCUUCAUUGACCGAUUUCAAAUCUAAAUUAAGUCGCCACAGUUUUAAAGUAAUAUCUUAAUUUUAAAUAAAUUUUAGACACGGCCUCCAUGAAAAGCAGAUUUUUUAUUUGUUUCUUUUAUUUGAAUUGUUAUUAUUAGAUUUUAUUAUAGUUAGGAAGAUAGAUAUACCUUUAUAGAUAAUUAACAACUGAUGGAAAUACCGUGUAUAAAUAAAGUUAUCUUUAUCUUUAUCUUAUCGAUAAAAACAAAUUACCUUGUUUUAACCUUAACGACGCAGUACCACUGUUUCUACAAAAAAAUACCCUCCUUACUCAUUUAAUACUAACUCGAUCUAUUGCAGCCGCCAAAAACGCUGACCAAGGAUGCUAUGAAAAGCUGAACACCGAGGCUAGAGGAUAUGGUACAUGUGAUCCAAACACCAAAAAGAGAUGUGCUGCAAGGUACAUGACAUUCUUUUUAGUCAGCUUAUCAAGUGUACUUUACAAACUACAAAAAGAGCGCUCUUUACACAGCCAAAAGAAGAUGACAUAACUCUUUGUUUUACAUAUUGAAGCAUCUUAAGGUUUUACUAAAAAAGCGAUUUCGUUUCAUGAGCAAAAAAGAAAAGUGAUAAGAAAAUGUCUGAUUUAACCAUUAACAAGAGUCUUCAAGCUCGACCUAUGAAGGAUUUCAUUUAAACUUUUAACUGGUAAAUAGAGUUUCUUACGUUCUGUGUAAGGAGGUGUUUUAAGUACUUAGCUCAGCAGCAACUAAUCAAUAUAUUUUCUCUAAGCGAUGUUUUAUGCGGCCAGCUACAAUGUGAAGCGGACGAAAGCAGAAAAAAGCCUGUUGUUGACUAUGGACGGGCCAGAGACAAAAAAAUAAUUUUGCCUUCCGGGAAAAAAUGCAAGUUAGUAUUACUUUCUUUUUGUUUCUCUGAGAAAAAGGGGUCAACAUAUAAAGUGCCUAUCGUAAGCUAGAUAAUAAGGAAGAGUUUCAAAACGCGAGACUCGUGGUAUUUGACUUUGACUUUGCAAUUUGACUUUUAGGAAUUUCUUUUUUCGAGUAAAUCCAUAUUUAAACUUCCAUUAGAUGCCUUCUGUUCAAUUCCCUUACCUGUCUUUGGAAACGAAACCAUUAAAACUAACGAUUGACAAAAAAAACCGUUUUAUCUCUCUUGGAUCAUAUUUUCAAGUAAUGCCAAAACACGUAGUCAAAUGCGGUUUUACUUCACACAGUGCUGUACAACUGAAAGGUGGUGACGGUAUUGGACUGGGAAUGGUAAGAGAUGGAACGAAAUGUGGACGCAAUAAGGUACGAUACCAUUGCCCUCUUUUCAAUACCCUUCCCGGAUUCAUCCUGUCAUGCAGGCUGUUAAUUAAUAUCCAAACACAAUCUCAAACACUUAGAACGUUCCUGUUUCAUAAAUACAAAGCCGUUUGGCAAAAAAGCCGACCCCUGUCAUACUCCGUGUUUGCCCCGCUAUAUCUAUCAAUUCAUCGUAAGAAGAGUAUGGAAGAACGUUAACCAUUAGGUCACAAGAGUUCUAGUUAGAAGAGUUCCAUGUUAAAAAAAUUGCUAUGAACAUGGAGAAUAUAAUUUUAGAAAAAUAAGUUCUGGGUUAAUACUUGGUGAAGAGUACUUUCGGUGUCCUUCUAAGAACAAAUGUGAGUCUGUUAUCUCAUGUCCAUCCAACCUCCGCACUAUUCCACCUCUCCACAAUACGCUGUCUGUCUAUAUAAAUACACUGUGAACCCUCUUUCCGGGUUAUUAUGUUUACCUUGGUCCUAAAGUUUACUCCUGUCUAUGUCUGUUUAAGAUGUGUAUCAAUAACAAGUGCCAGUCACUAAGUUCUCUCAAUCUGGUUGGCAAGUGUCCAGUGGUCGGAAACAAAGAGUGUGCGGGAAGAGGGGUAAGUAAUUCUUAAUGUUGAGUUCGUGAGAAGCAUAAAAAAAAGGAGCUAAUAUUUCCAGGUUUUGCUGUGAAAUUCUACGCAGUUAAGGUUUACACCAUCGUGCAAGGGAAAUUCAAUUUUUGUUCCCAGUUAACUGUAUGUAAUUUGCAUGGAAUGAAAAGCUAUCAGAAAAAAACAAUAAUCAUGUGGAUUCUCAACGAACUGAUAUUUGUUAUUGACUCGGGCAUCAUUCGCAGAAAUUUUUCUGUUUCUGACUUGGAAGCUCUGUUAAUAAGAGCUUGCCUAGUUAAGUUAUUGACAUAAGAUAUUCAGAUGUCUCUUUGAGAAGUGAGCUCAAUGUGAUUGAAUGAAAAGCAGUGCAAUGUGAAUUCGAAUGUAUAAUUGUAACUUGAAUCAAGAAAUUUCACUGGUCAUAAAGAAUUUUCUCACUCAAAUUUUAAUCAUUACAAAAUGUUUCUAGGUCUGCACUAAUAAAAAGGUUUGCCACUGCCAAGGAGGAUUUAAUCCCAGAAACGGUUGUAAGUCAGGUGAGAGUCCAGGGUUUUUUCUAUGAUAUUCAGAUUUUCCUUUCUUUGUGAGAGAUAUCUGCUAAUAUCUCUUGCGCUUCGAGCUUCCUUGUGCAGAACUGACUCCACGUGACGGAGCCUGGGGUGAGUGGUCCCCUGGUUUUAUUUAUAUGACCCAGAUCUCAGAUAGGGUGUAAAGCAGGUGGAAGAAAAGCAAUUUGACAUUUUAAAUCAUAUCAAUAUACAAAUGAGCGAGCGAAACUACAGAGAAAGACGCGACGCUUCCAAACAUGACUGUCAUCAAGCAUCGCCAUCUCCAAAAUCCGACCGAGCGGAUUGUUAUCUCCAAAAGGCCAGUUUUUCACCUAUUAUACAGUCGUGAUUCUUAUAUAUAAGAAUCUCUGAAUUCAAUAUAUUAUCAUUUGCGUGCGGCCACCAAAAUUUGGCAGACUGUCCAUGUGCGAAAAACACAGUGAUAGAGGCCACUAGGUCUAAAAACUAUUCGCCAAACCGAUAAAGCCAAGAUUUUCCUGAAAAAAGUUUAUGAUUUGCUGUAUUUGGCAAAAUAAACAAACCCAGUCUGAUUAUUCAGAGGACGACCCUUAAACUGAAUUCCUUAUAAAAUUAAAGCUGUGAGGUAAUGGCAACAAGAAUGGCAUACUACUUGUCUAAGAACUGCCGUAAGAAUUGUAAUUUUUGUUUCGGUAUUAUAACCACUCAGUGAAAACUUUAAAAUAGAGUAACCAGAAGUUAAAACAUUCUGAUAAUGUUUUAUUGCUGUAAUAUUUGAUUGUAAUACGAUAACUAUGACUUGACGAGUCUAACUAACGUCACUAGAAUAGUAAAACAGACAUUAAGAAGAACUACUAAUGAGAUCUUGGAAGUGUAAUUGUGGAACUAUUUUUUCCCUGGUAACAGGUGAAGAGAAUCCCGAAUACUCAGGAGGAGGAGAAGAAUCUGGAGAUGAUGAAGACGAUAUGAGCGAGGAAGACGAUGAGAUGGAAGAAGAAUAUGAAGACGAGGAAAAAGUUGAAAAACAUGAGGAGGAAGAUCACGAAGGAUACCAAGAAGUGUUCUUUGGCGAUAAGUAAACAUGUCUGCUCUAUCAUCACUGUAAAUGAUGAGCAUCAAUCAUGACUUUUUUAAUAACGAUGUAAUCUGCUCUGCUUCAGUAGCCAAGGCUGUAGUGCAAAGCUUUAAAAAAUUUUUGGGGUUAUAUCUUUAUUAGUAAUAAGGGCUAUAUCUUGACCGUAAUCUUGAUGUGGAGUUGGAAACUCUAAUGCAAGGAGCUAAUCAACUGAUGUUUUAGAAUAAGCUUUAGCCUUAUUUAUCCAAUGGUUUUUUGGAAUUUAUUGUUUUAUCGUGUAAUCAUGACUUUUUUUAAUUACGAUGUAAUCUGCUCCGCUUCAGUAGCCAAGGCUGUGGUGCAAAGCUUUAAACAUUUUUGGGGUUAUAUCUUUACUAGUAUUCAGGGUUUAAUCUUGACUGUAAUCUUGGUAUGGAGUUGGAAACUUUUAUUCAAGAAGCUAACCAACUGAUGUUUUAGAACAAGCUUUAGUCUUAUUUAUCCAAUAGUGUGUUAGAAUUUAUUGUUGUAUCGUGUAUUCAUGACUUUUUUUAAUUACGAUGUAAUCUGCUCCGCCUUUAGUAGCCAAGGUUGUAGUGCAAAGCAUUUUAGGGGUUAUAUCUUUUCUAGGAUUCAGGGUUACAUCUUUACUGUAAUCUUGGUAUGGAGUUGGAAAUUUGUAUUAACUGACGUUUUAGAACAAGUUUUGUUCUUAUUUAUCCAAUAGUAUGUUAGAAUUUAUUGUUGUAUCGUGUAAUCAUGACUAUUUUAACUACGAUGUAAUCUGCUCCGCUUCAGUAGCCAAGGCUGUAGUGAAAGCUUUAAACAUUUUUGGGGUUAUAUCUUUACAAGUAUUCAGGGCUAUAUCGUGACCGUAAUCUUGGUGUGGAGUUGGAAAUUCGUAAGCAAGGAGCUAAUCAACUGAUGUUUAAGGACAAGCUUUAGUCUUAUUUAUCCAAUGGUUUUUUGGAAUUUAUUGUUGUAUCGUGUAUUCAUGACUUUUUUUAAUUACGAUGUAACCUGCUCCGCUUCAGUAGCGAAGGCUGUAGUGCAAAGCUUUAAACAUUUUUGGGGUUAUAUCUUUUCUAGUAUUCUGGGUUACAUCUUGCCUGUAAUCUUGGUAUGGAGUUGGAAAUUUUUUUUUCAAGAAGCUAAUCAAUUGAUGUUUUUUAGCACAAGCUUUAGUCUUAUUUAUCCAAUAGUAUGUUAGAAUUUAUUGUUGUAUCGUGUAUUUGACUUUUUUUAAUUACGAUGUAACCUUGCUUCAGUAGCCAAUCAAAGCUUUAAACAUUUUUAGGGUUAUAUCUUUACAAGUAUUCAGGGUUUAAUCUUGACUGUAAUCUUGGU